AUGUCGUGGCAAUCAUACGUCGAUGACCAUCUCAUGUGCGAUGUGGAAGGCAACCACCUCACAUCCGCCGCCAUCCUCGGCCAAGACGGCAGUGUCUGGGCCCAAAGCACCAACUUCCCUCUGUUGAAGCCUGGUGAGAUAGAAGGAAUCAAGACAGACUUUGAGCAACCUGGACAUCUUGCACCCACUGGUUUAUUCCUUGGUGGAGAGAAGUAUAUGGUUGUCCAAGGUGAAGCAGGAGCUGUCAUCCGUGGCAAAAAGGGACCUGGUGGAGUGACUAUCAAGAAGACUAAUCAAGCUUUUGUCUUUGGUAUCUAUGAUGAGCCAAUGACUGGAGGUCAAUGCAACUUGGUUGUUGAGAGGCUUGGAGAUUACCUUAUCGAGUCUGAUCUCUAA